AUGGCAGAGAAUCCUGGUUCCUAUCCUUUUCCUUCCACUCUUCAUGUUGCUAGCUCAGUUAACAUUAAACUGAGUGAUAGAAAUUAUCUUCUCUGGAAAACCCAAUUUGAGUCGUUGCUUCGGUGUCAGAAGCUUCUCGGGUUCGUCAAUGGGUCAAUCCCACAACCAGCAGCGGUUACAGUCACCAACACCAACAAUCACGCCAUUGAAGCUCCCAGUCCGGCAUAUGAAGAAUGGAUCUGCACGGGUGAGCUAAUCAAGUCCUGGAUCUUUGGUACUCUCACUGAGGAAGUGCUCGGCCUUGUUCACACCCUGACCACAUCUCAAGAUGUUUGGCUCGCCCUUGCUGGCAACUUUAACAAAAGCUCCACUGCUCGAGAGUUCGAUCUCCGUCGUCGACUUCAACUUCUGAACAUCAAAGGUAAAACUUUUACCGACUACUGCCAUGAGUUUCGAGCUGUGUGUGAUAAUCUGAGUUCUAUUGGUAAACCGGUGGAUGAAAAUAUGAAGAUUUUCACCUUUCUUAACGGGUUGGACCGUGAAUAUGAUCCAAUAACAACUGUCCUUCAAAGCUCUAUGUCUCGCACUCCGACCCCGACGUUCGACGAUGUCGUUUUAGAUGUCUCUGGCUACGACUCGAAGUUACAAGCAUAUGAAGCUCACUCCGAUGUUUCACCUCAUCUUGCCUUUCAUACCCAACGAGGUGGAUACUCUCGCUUCAGACAGAGGGGUCGUGGCUCUGGUCGUGGAAGGGGUGGAUAUUCCACUUGUGGGAGAGGUUUCUCUCAACAAGUCAGCUCCUCCGGUUGGAAUCAAUCUGGUAACUCCUCUCGUCCUGUUUGUCAGAUUUGUGGUCGUACUGGUCAUGUUGCUCUCAAAUGCUGGAAUCGGUUUGACAACUCUUAUCAAAGUGAUGAUGUUCCACAAGCCCUUGCUACUCUUCGACUUGCCGAUCCCAGUAGUCGAGAAUGGGUCACUGAUUCUGGAGCUACAGCCCAUAUCACCUCUGCUACUGAGUCCCUUUAG